AGGGGGCGUCUCCCCGGCUCCUGCGGCGUCGGUGGCGAGCUAAGGUGGAGGCAGGCUGCGGCAGCGACGGAGACAGUGGCGGCUGCGCCAUGGCGGGGCUCGCAGGACCCCUGCUGCCUUGGUGAUCCCGGGCUGACAGCCAGAGAGCACAGCGGCUCAGCUCCUGGAGAGAGAGUCGAAGAAAACGGAGGGCAGCCACCUGUGCCUGCUGGCUCCCAUUAGGUCGGUUCCUGCAGCGGUGCCUGGCAGCCUUGGUGAAGGCCCUGCCCGGCAGAGAUCAUGUAUUGCCUCCAGUGGCUGCUGCCCGUCCUCCUCAUCCCCAAGCCCCUCAACCCCGCUCUGUGGUUCAGCCACUCCAUGUUCAUGGGCUUCUACCUGCUCAGCUUCCUCCUGGAACGGAAACCUUGCACAAUAUGUGCUUUGGUUUUCCUGGCAGCCCUCUUUCUCAUCUGCUAUAGCUGCUGGGGAAAUUGUUUCCUGUACCACUGCUCCGAUUCCCCGCUUCCAGAAUCAGCCCAUGACCCCGGUGUUGUGGGCACCUAACGUCUGCCGAGAUAGCUUGCCAAGGAAGCAGAAGACGGGAGGGGAGGCAUUGACAUAAGUCAUAAAGCAUUGGAGUUUCAAAUCCCGCAGCCCUGCGGGUGCUACAUUCCUAAUGGAGCCUUUUGGCCUGUGAUGUUUUAUCCUUAUAAUGUGAAUAAUGGCACUGACCGGUGCUUCUAUUGCAGAGUCCUGUAGUCGUGGGUGGUCUUAUGGUUGUAUGUUCUGUCACCAUCUGGGUCCCAGCUGACAGACUGGCCCAUCCCCUUUAUCAUCAUUUUGGGGAGUCUACACCUAUCCUGGUCAAUGACCCUUGGUAUGACCUGGACAGAUACAAUGCUAGUCUCAUUGUACCUCCAUGACCCUUCCUCGUCAGGAUCUUCCUCCUUCCCUCCUCAGUCCCUUUCCCUGGUUUCCCCUUGGUUAUCCCCACCCCUUUCCUUUUGUGGGGAGCACCUGUCCAAGACAGGGCUUGUUUUUGCACUUAUCUCAAAUUUGAAGAGAUUGCUGAUGCCCGAGAGCCUCGCUUUUUAAUCCUUAUUUCCCUUUUGAGAAGGUGAGACAGAGUCAUGUCUCAACUGCCCCGUGUCCACAAACCUCCAGUAUUUUCUCUGCCUCAUUUCUAAGAAAGAAGCAAUGGAGAGACAUUGCUCUUUGACCUGGGUGUCUGGGUUUUUGCCUUCCAGCCCAGCCACUAUCCCUUUGCUCUUCCUUUUGCCUCUCUCAGCCAUCCUAAGGGGGCUGCCUCUUGUCUCCAGUGCAUGCUCUUUGGGAGGGAGGUUUGCAGUGUUUCUUAUAGACCCAGUGGUCCCCAGCUGAAUGAAUGGGAAAGUAUUAUGUGUUUCAUAGCAGCCAUGAUUCCCUUGAUAGGUGUUUGGAUAUUUUUUGAUGUGCCGUGUGUGUGUGUGUGUGUGUGUGUGUGUGUGUGUGUGUGUGUGUGCGUGUGUGCGUGUGCGCGCGUGUAUGUGCGAUCGCGUGUUUAUGUGUGUGUGUACAUGUACAUACAAAACGUGUAUAUUCCUUUUGAAGAAGCUUUACUGAAUGUGUUCUGAUUUUGAGGUUUAGUAGUAGUAGCUAGCUGUAGUAGGUCCUGCUGCAGUUUUUAUUUAGCAUGGGGAUUGCAGAGUGACCAGCACAGUGGACUCCAAGGUGGUUCAAACAAGACCCAGGGGAGCGGUGGCCAUCAUCCUCCUGCCAGGAGCCUCUUCAUUCCUGCGCUCAUAGACUGUGCACUGUGAAGAAUACGCAGGAAGACUUGGUGACUUGGUACUUGUUUUCUCAGCACUUCAGUAACAAAUGUUGGCAGAUGAGACUUUCUCCUGGCCCCUGCCACUGGGGAUCAGCAUGGUUGUUCUUCCAGUCGGAAAUGGCUCUGUCGUGUGCGAGCAAGGGUGGUGGGCCAGGCACAGGGCAGAGCUGGAAGCAGGCAUCUGGGGAGUAGGACUUCGAGGCCACACUUGUGAAACACUCGGACUGCUGUUGUAAAGCUUUUAUUUCUGGUGUGUUCGUUCCACAACUGUUUGAAAUGUUUAAUAAAGCUUUAUAAACUUUA